AGAAAAGGAACCGAAUGUCCGAAUGUAUUGAUUGGGUUCAAUGUUUAGAUUCAUUCGUUUCAAUCAAUCCGAUUUGGAUUCCAAUUACGCAUCAUCCAUUUCCAUUUUUAUUAUUAUCGUCUGAAUGGUUUACAGUAGUAGUGGUAGUGGUAAUGGUAAACAGAUAUUCGAACUGCUACAACGUUCCUGUGUGUGUUGGUGUUUGUAUUGAUUGUGAAAUGGUGCGGCCAUAUAUAUAAACUUUGUAUUUGAUAUAUUUUUUUCGCACUCAAAUCUUGAUUCGAAUUAACUUGAAUAAGCGUUCUGGAAUCUUCAUCUUAAUAUAAUCAUCGCAGAAACACUGCCUACAUUUAUCCAUUGCUGCCAAAAAGUUGAAUUUCCACCAAAUACGCAUAUAAUCAUCAUUUUUGAUCGUUUUCAAAAUCGAGUCGAAUAAACAUCAAUAAAACAAGAAAACAGAUUGGUCAUUCAUGUGGAUUGAAUAUAAAAAUUUAUGUCUACAGCCUGUACUUGUCUGAAUAUGUGAAUAUUAAUAACCAGUCUUAAUGCUUGCGAUUUAAUCGAAUAUUGACAAUGUUUUCCAUAAAUUUUCCAACUUAUUCUCGUCUGGACGCAUUAAAUUCGUUGGUUACAAAAUCAGUUCAUGUUCUUUGUUUACCGGUCGAUUUUUUAUAUCAACGACCUGCUAGCGAUUGGUCAAGCCUAUACGAUUUAAAUAUCUUGAAUCGUUUCGAAUCCAAAAACAAGAAAGCACCAUAUCGUCUUCUCCAACGUUUAUAUGAUGAUUAUUUAAUUCGAAAUAACCAAAAAUUCUCUUUGCUCGAUGUAAAUUCACGUCAAGCAAUCAUUGAUUAUAUAAUUCGGGAACGUAUAUCGGUGCAGGCUGAAUUUGUCAUCAGCAUAAUCGAAGAUGGUGGAGUAUAUAAUCUCAAUCUUUGGCAGUUGACCGAAAUAAAUGAAUUUACUCACGAAGAAAUCGACCGUAUGCUCAAAGCGAUGUACACAUUUUCAAAAUGUUUCCGUCAGUUAUCAUUAGGUGGUGCCAGUUGGAUCUAUCAUAAUCCAAUCGUAAAUGGUGCAUUGAAAAUGUUUCUUUGUAAUAACCGGAAUUUAUUCAACGUAAAAGCUUUGCGAAUUCAACAUUUGACAUCUGAAAUUGAUAUUACCUCAUUAUUCAAUUCAUGUGCUAAUCUGGAACAUUUAGAAAUCGCUGAACCUUCAUUGAAAAAUCGUGACAUGUUCAAAAUGACAAAGCAUUUAUCAUCGAAUCCAGAUCUUUCCAUUUGUCGAUCAUUACAACAUAUAACCUUACCGUCAUCAUUGCAAGAAGAAGGAAUCAUGCAUUUUUUGGCCCAUUUUCCUAACAUAACUCAUCUACGGUGUACCCCAUUUGAGCAAUUAUUGGAUUUGUUGGAACAUUCGAUUACUAAUGGUUCUUCGAAUAAAUUAAUUGCUGAAAAAGCAUUGAAAGUUUUGUCGAAUCUUCGAGCAUUAUCGAUAGCUCAUCCAAUGAGUCGCAACAUGGUAAAUCGUUUGCUUUCAAAUUGUCCACAAAUCGAAGAAUUAUCACUGGAAUUACAAAAAUACAUGUCUCUAUCCACAUUGGCAACUUCAGCACAACGGCUUGUCAAACUUGAACUUCAUAAUUCAGCCAAUCAAUCGAUUAGUUUUGCGGAUCACGUCGUGCCGAUAUUGGAAGGAUGUGGACAACAAAUGCAAGUGUUGAGCCUGAUCAAUUUUGAUCACAUUGAUUUGACUAAAUGUGCCCAAUACUGUCCAAAUUUACGUUCAUUGUCAGCACAAUGCUUCACAACAAUCACCUAUCAACGACGAUUAUUACGUUGGAUGAACGUGAGAAAUCCUUUUGGAAAUCUCAAACAUUUACGAUUACGUCCUCGACCUGAUUAUUCCCUACCUGUUGAUAUUUGUGUUUCUUUGCUAAAGAAUUGUCUAAAUCUUAGCCACAUUGAACUAUAUUGUUGUCUAGAGCUAACCGAUGACAAUAUUGAUCAAAUUAAUCAAACAAAUCGUUUUGAACGGCUUCAGACUUUCAUCCUACGUCAUGGUCACAGUGUUACUGAUCAUGCUUUAUGUCGUUUAGUUUCCUGUGCUACAUCGCUUAACAAUCUGGUCUUUCAUGAUUGUGGACUAGUUCCACCCGAUAUCAAAGAAAUUUUGUGAUCAAAUUCAUUUUUGAUAUAUAAACUCAUAUACAUAAAAACAAUUGUUUUGAACAUUUUUGUACAUUAAAAAAAAUUGAUAUUUUACUUGAUAUGAAAUUUUUUUUAAAAGCUUAUCAAAAAAUAGAUCAAUUUAGAGAUAAAAAUGGAAGGUAAGAUGGUGCAAACAAAGUAUUCUCUGAUUAUUUUAAACAAUUGUUUCGAUUUCAGUCGGAAAAAAUUAAUUAAUAACAUGAUGAUGGCACUCGAGUUAGUGAUUGCCAUCAUUGAUGAUCAAUUGAUUGCCUUAUAUCACGAUAAGACAAUGUCAUUAUUUCCAAGUGUUGAACAACAACAGAUUACAUAUGUUAAAAACAAUCUUUGAAUGCCAAUUUAUACCUGUGUUUGUAUAUGUGUGUGGGUGGGGUGCAAACAAACAAUCAUUU